AUGAAGAUUCUGGGAAUUCUGGGGGUGAUCACUGCUUGUGUGCAAGCAGCACCCUCCGUUUCGCAUAUCCACGCACGACAGCUUCUUGGAUCAUCAUUCGGUGUUCCUGGAAGAAACCAAACCUUUGCGUAUGUCAUUGUGGGUGGAGGCAAUGCUGGCCUUACACUAGCAACGAGACUUGCCGAGCAACAGACAGGAAGAGUUGCUGUCAUCGAAGCCGGUAGUUUUUACGAGAUUGGCAAUGGCAACAUCAGUGAGGUACCGGCUACCGAUGGAAUGUAUGCGGGCAAAGCCAAGGACGACUGGCAGCCUUUGGUGGACUGGGGCUAUAUAACGACUCCUCAAGCUGGAGCGCACGGCGAGGAAAUACAUUACCCCCGUGGAAAAUGCCUUGGUGGAAGUUCAGCAAGAAACUAUAUGGCCUAUCAGCGAGGCACGAAGUCGUCUUACGCGACCUGGGCGCGUCUCGUUGGUGAUGCAAGUUAUACCUUUGAUCGAUUCCUGCCAUCGUUCGAGAAAAGUUUGAAAUUCACGCCGCCUAAUAUGGACCUGAGAUUCAAAAAUGGAACACCCGAAUACGACCCGACUGUCCUUGGAGAUAGCUCUGGUCCUUUGUCGCUGACAUUCUCCAAUUACGUUCAAGCAUUCGGUACCUGGGCAACGAAAGGAUUUACGGCAAUGGGCAUACCGAUUAUAAAAGGGUUCCAAAGCGGCUCCCUGUUGGGACAGUCAUACAGCAUGUUUACAAUAAACGCAACAACAAUGACAAGAGACUCCUCGGAAACAUCCUUUCUCCGUCGCGGGCUAGCUUAUCCAAACUACAUGGUCUAUCAAUCCACUAUGGCGAAAAGAAUUAUAUUUGAUGGCGACAGGAAGGCCACUGGCGUGAUAGUGGACACCCAGGGGCUGGAAUAUGUCCUGUCAGCGACAAAAGAGGUCAUCUUGUCGGCUGGGGUGUUUGGCUCGCCGCAGCUCCUGAUGGUGUCUGGCAUUGGGCCCGCUGAAACUCUGCAAAAGUACGGCAUCCCGGUGAUUGCAGAUAGGCCCGGGGUUGGGCAGAAUAUGCAGGAUCAUAUCUACUUUGGCCCUUCAUAUAGAGUCAACGCGCCGACAUUUUCGUCCUUCAACAAUGCCGCCUUCGCGGCCCAGGCAGCCAGAGACUUCAACGAAAGGGCAGCUGGCAUGUACACCAAUCCUACGACAGAUGCCAUCGCGUGGGAGAAGGUUCCCGGGCCCUUACGCUCCACUCUUUCCAACAGUACGCUUAAAGACCUGGCGUCCUUCCCCGACGAUUGGCCUGAGCUGGAGUAUAUAUCUCUGGGUGCUUACUUGGGGUAUAUGAAUGACUCCACCAAGGGUGAUCCGAAUGAUGGGUACAAUUAUGCUUCGCUUGCCGUUGCGCUCUGCACACCGCUUUCACGGGGAAAUUUGACAAUCCAAUCCCCAGACGCUGGGGUACAUCCGUUAAUCAACCCCAAUUUUCUAACACAUCGUGCGGAUAUUGAGGUAGCAAUUGCUGGGUUCAAGCGUGUAAGAGCUUUCUGGCAGUCGGAAGCAAUGAAGCCCUUUGUGAUCGGUGAAGAGGCCUUUCCAGGCAUGCACAUACAAACCGACGCCCAGAUCGAAGACAUCAUACGAAGGAGUUUCCAAACCAUCUACCAUGCUGCCUGCACAUGCUCUAUGGGUCGCCGUAAUGACAAGAACGCGGUUGUUGAUAGCCAUUCGAGAGUAAUUGGCGUGCAAGGCUUGAGAGUUGUGGACGCGUCUGCAUUCCCGAUCUUGCCACCCGGUCAUCCCAUGGCUACAGUGUAUGCGUUUGCCGAAAAAAUAGCAUGCGAUAUUUCGCGAGCAUGCUAA